AAGCUCGUUUGGUCACGCUGGAGUCCUUCUGUCUGUAACAAUGACACGUCAGGCUGCGCAUUCUGGUGGUAGAGCCAAGAUGGCGGACGGACAGUGACGAACUUCAGCUUGUUUACAAAUGAACGUCCGAACACGGGUUCCGCUUUAGCUCUUAGUGCAGAUGUUCUGAGAAAACGUCCUACCCGUAGGCUGAUUUUACGGUGUUUUACAUGACAAACCCUAACCGAAAAAAUCAAGUAUCAACGUCAGUAAAACGUACUAUUACUUGCUACUUAUCUAUUUUCCUGCAAAUAUGACAACGGAGUAGCAUUUCCUUUUUUGUUGUGCGCAUGCGCGCACAUGCUCAUGAACAACGGGUAUGACGGUUUACGGGGUAGGAGAAAGGAACUUCUAGUCACCGGAAGCUCAGGUCAGCUCCCAAGUCCCAAACCCAGUCACCUGAAACGUUGCUGUUGCGGGGCUCGGAAGACCCGAAUACCAGUAGGACAGGAAACACGCGACCCAGCCCUCCCUGCUGGACUGCUCUGUGAUGCAUGGCUUCCGGGAAGCGCGUGCGUGGUCUCAUUGCACCCACGUUUGACUCAGAAACUGGUAAGAAACCUUGACGUUGCAUCCUGCUGGAUCUUCAUGAGGGAUGUAAGGAACAAGAGGAUGUGACAUCAUCUGAUGAAAAUGACCAGCCUUCAUUCGGACCAGGAACUCCAGCUUUCCUACGGCACCGGUUCUCUAUCAAAGGUCACCCUCCCGCACAACCAUCCGUGUUUCUGGGCCACCAUCAGCCCAGAACACUCUCUGUUAUGGAGGCCUCAGAUGAGUCGGGGACACAGUCAGCCUCUGAGGAUGUAAAUCCACUUUUCCUGCAACAGCUACGAGAACUUGACAUCCCUGAAGAUGCAGCCAAACAGGCACUCCUGCACACCCAGAAUGUCUCUGCUGAGGAAGCAGCCAUGUACUACUUCAACAAACUGGAGAAUGAGGAGGAGGCUGACGAUGAUCUCAUGUUCAAGAUGGUGUUUGUAGUGAACAUGGACCUGGCCAUGGGCGUUGGAAAGGUGGCAGCUCAGGUGGCCCACGCUGCUGUGGGACUGUACCAGGCUCUGCAGGGAAAACCCAGCUGGAGGGAGGCUGCCUGGAAUUGGGAUAAAAGUGGAGCUAAGAAGGUGGUUGUCCAAGGCACCAACGUGGCCCAUCUGCUGGAGCUGCAGGCCCUGGCCAUGAGCCUCAACCUGCCCACGUACCUGGUCCAGGAUGCAGGGCUCACUCAGGUGGAGGCGGGGUCCCGCACCGUCCUGGCCAUCAUGGGAGAAGAGGAGAUGGUGAACAACGUCACCGGUAGUCUGAAGCUGCUCUGAUGGGUGCCAGCCUUUAUGGCAGAGAGGACCAGUAGAGAGCGGUGUAAAACCAACAUAGCAGGAGUGAACCGAGCCAGAACUCAGCACUGGUUUCCUUUUCUUCUCGUCUGAGCUGCUUGACCAGCUGAGUGCAGAACGUCUGCAUCGUACCGAGGGUGAUGAUCACUUCUUCAGAGCUUUAGUGAUGCGUCUGCAUGCUGCUGUUCAAAAACCCCUGACCUGAGGACUCCAUCACGCUUUGUGCAUACCCGUUGUUCAUCCUGCUUCAUCUGCUGAGUCCCUCCCAAGAUGGGAACAGAACAUUGUUGGGAUACGUGUAGGAAACCAGACCUGUUUGUCAUUCUGAACCACUUCUCCCGACUCCUGUCCCACCAGGGGCCGUUGUUUAGCUCCUACAGUCACAUUUUACUGUAAAUAACCAUCUGUGAUAUGAAAUAUUACCUAAAGCUAGUUUGAAAUCUAAACUCCUGUUGUGUAACGUUCAUGUUCCUUUGUGUAAGUGCUUCAGACUGGAGGGAAAUAAAGCGUCCCUGCAUCACUA